UAGUCGAAGUUGAAUAGACUGACUGUUUGUCAUACACAAACACUUGAUCCCUUGAGACAUUUUAUUUGUUUUGGAAAGUAUUUUUCACUUUAAAGUCAUCGACUGGAUUUUUUGGGACAAGAGUGUGUGUGUGUGUGUGUGUGUGUGUGUGUGUAAGUCCACUAAUUACACGGUUGGAACUGUAGAACUUCACUUCCUGUACAUUUUGGACCAUACAUGCUAACAGAGUGUCUCACAGCAUCGCCUCAUCAUAAAGUUAUAUGCCUUGAGUUUUUACUUUUGUGAUUAUCGUGUCACUCAUUAAAAAAUGGACAGUGAUGUUUUACGACAUCAUUUUCUGAAGGAUCUGCGAAGUGAAUGUGUAGUAAAGAGUUUACUGGUGAAAUACACUUUCUAAAUUAGCAGGCUAGCACAAUAAAGGAAGUAGUGGUGUUGUGUUGUUGCCAUGCCAAUCCUGAAGCAGCUGAUCUCAGGUUCGUCCGGGUCAAGACACCGCUCUCAUGCUGACCUGACGGUGGAGAUGAUUAGCGCACCUCUUACUGAUUUCCGCCACACCAUGCACAUUGGCCGUGGAGGAGAUGCCUUUGGAGACACGUCUUUCCUCAGCAGGCAACACGAAUCAUCUAGUCAGGUGCAAAAGAAUGGCAUUCUGCCACAGAGGUUUAAAGGAAGUAAACGCUCAAAUUUUGAGAGAAACUCCAGUGCUACGAGCUACAUGCUCCAGGCUAACAGUGCUGUCUCCCUUCCUUAUGUCAGAGAACAUCAGGACGUGACAUUCCACCUUCCACAAAGCACCUCCUUAAAUUUUCCAGAUAUGAACGGAAAAGCUACAGUGAUGAGUGGGUGGAGCUUAGAAGGGGAGAAGCAGCAUUUUAGGGAGCCCAGUGAGCUCACCAUGUUCACACCACCCUCUAGUAGAGGAAUGAAACAUGCAGAGUCCAUGCUGUCCUUCCACAUCGACCUCGGGCCCUCCAUGCUUGGAGACGUCCUCGGUGUCAUGGACCAGACUGAGCAUGACCAGACGGAUCUCACAGAAGCUCAGAGGCAGGGCAGGAAGGUGUCGUGCCCCAUCAAGGGUGUGUUCAAGUCCAGCCCUGGAUUAAAGGAGGAGAAAACACAAAAAACACAUGAGAGUGAGACAUGUAGCCCGACAUACAGCUUUAACAUCAACGAUAAAGACUUCCUUUUCAUGGAUGAAGAUGAGGAUGAGAUUAGAGUUUAAAUAAGAUCUCAUCAAUGCUUAACACACCACAUGGGUGGAGUUUCAUGCUUGGCUAUUCAUUACUCCAAUGAGAAUCAAUGCAUCUCCAUGAGCUACUUUGUGUGGAUGUGGAAGUGCUGAGGAGCAUUAAAGUGAACUCACUUUGUCACUCGCCAUAGCUAGAAAAACUUCACAUUGAAUCUCAUGUGAAUGAGUAAAUGACGUCAUUUGGAGCCGGAGUCUGUGUGUUGUGAGGCGAAGCCGCAGCAUCAAACUCCCACCCAAAAUCCUGCAGACCCAAUCAACCAUAACGACACGCCACGUAUUUAUAGCAUCAAAUUACUAGCUAAAAUCUAACUUAUCACAAAAACCAACAAUUGAACACAUAUCAGCGUGAUAGCAGCUACCUUAAAUGACCAAAAGCCAUCGUUCGGAAAAUUGUAUUGAACGUGUAAUUUUUUUUUUAUUACGACUCCCAUUCGUUUCCAUGGAGAGGGCAGAUUUAUGACCUGUACUGCUAUGCAAUUUAGGAGCGUCCUAAUCGAGACACACCUGAUAUAAGUGCCCUGCUUUACAGGUUCCACACACAGUCCACACAAACACUGGAAAAGUGGGUACAUAUAAUAUAGACAUUAUAGCCUACAUGUAAUAUAGACAUUAUAGACUACAUGUAAUAUAGACAUUAUAGCCUACAUGUAAUAUAGACA